AUGGCGAUGGUUGGCUAUGGAGGAAGUGUCCAUCCUGUUUCUAAGAACUCUAGACACUCUCUUGCAGAAGGAAGAAGCAACGAAAGCCUUGAAGAAAGGCAGAAGGCAGUUGAGUUGGCAAAACAGGGUGUUAGAAGUCGUCGUUGUCGCCGUAUUCAAUCAUGUCAAGUUCCAAUUCAUCCAAUCACUCCCAGCAACCUUUUGGAAUCAAUCUGCUGGACAGUGUCUGAGCCAACCUCAUCUGCCCGUAUUUAUGUUGAGUCGUCUUCAACAGAAGACACUAGUGAGCAACAUUCUUUUGAUUACUUUAAUGCAAGAGGUGAUGGUAAGGAUUCUGAAGCAUUAUUGGAGAACUUCUCACGGCCACUAAGAGAAAGCGAGAAGAUGGAAAUAAUCUUGAAAAGUCACUUCCUCACUAUACUCUUCCCGGUCGAUCGCUUUGGUGAACUAGGUCCCUUGUCAAGAACAUUCUAUGGUGAUGGUGGUUUUACAUCUGUACAGAUUCUGGACCAUAUCUAUAACUUUUAUCAGGAGAAUAUGUCAGCAGAAGAAAUAAACCUGGCAAUGCACACAGACUCGAGGCAUGCUGAUCGGCUUCGAUCACUUUAUACAAGUAAAGAAUCAGUGGAACAAGGAGCUUUGACGUUCAAGCGUAUAGAUUUUCUUGGAAGCCGAAGAAGUUUCGAAACACUGAAGAGAGUAAGUGGGGAAAAUAAUGGCAACGUAUAUGAAAUCCUGGUUAGAGCAUGAAUACCGCAUUCAUGUACCGAAACCUUUCAUCUUUUUUCAGUUUCUUUUUGUGUUCUAUAUGUGCUCAUGAAAAAGAACUAUUGGUGUUUGUUCUAAAUGGUAAUAAUAGUGAAUAUAUUGUCCCAAUAGCUGCAAAAAAAAUUCAUGUAGUUGACUUUGUUUUUUUUU